AUGCGUGUAACACUCUUUGCCGCCGCCCUUGCGGUCGCUCCCGUCUUCGCCUACCCCGGCAUGAAGAACACAUUCUCUGAGAUCCGCGCCCGUGUCGACGCCGACGGUAACGGCCCCGAUGCCGACGACUUCGACUCCAACGAGCUCAUCGGUGAUCUCGCCACCCUCGACGACUCCAAGCUUACCCCCGUCGGCAAGAGCGUCAAGGCUCUUCUCACCGGCGGCGAUGAACCGGAGAGCGCCGAUGCCUACAUCACCUCCGGCAGAGCCAGCAACCUGCCCGCGAAGGGCACUGCGGCUUGCGCAGCUGACACCUGUUGCAUCUGGAAGUACAUCGCCAACGACCUCCAGGGCGUCUUCCGUGGAAAGUCCGGUCGUUGCACCGACUUCGCCCGCGCUGCCGUCCGUCUCGGCUUCCACGACGCCGGUGGCUGGUCCAAGUUCACCGGUGACUUGGGCGGUGCCGAUGGCUCCAUCAUCCUCUCCCCCGACGAGUCGUCCCGUAUCGAAAACCAUGGUCUCGAGGAGAUCAUCGCCCAGACCAAGGUCUGGUUCAACAACUACAAGCAGUUCGGCAUCGGCAUGGCCGAUCUGAUUCAGUUCUCCGCCAACGUCGCCACUGUCGUCUGCCCUCUUGGCCCCCGUGUUCGCACGUACGUCGGCCGCAAGGAUUCUGCCCAGGCCUGCCCUGAAAACCUCCUUCCCCCGGUCACCGGCUCCGCCGACUUCUUGAUCGAGCUCUUCGAGAACAAGACUAUCAAGCCUCACGGUCUCACCGCCCUCAUCGGAGCCCACACCACCAGCCAGCAGCGUUUCGUCGACCCCGAGCGUGCCGGUGACCCGCAAGAUAGCACUCCCGGUGUUUGGGACGUUAAGUUCUAUGCGGAGACCCUCGGCAAUGCCCCCGCUCGUGUCUUCAAGUUCGCCUCCGACGUUGUCCUUUCCCGGGACCCUCGCAUCAGUACCGAGUUCAAGGCCUUCGCUGGCCAGGGCGGACAGGCUCACUGGAACGAGGACUACUCGCGCGAGUACAUCCGCCUGUCUCUCCUCGGUGUCAACAACAUUAACGACCUCACUGAGUGCACCAAGGCUCUGCCUCCUAGGACCACCGGCUUCACUGCACCUGAUCAGGCCGCUCUUGACAAGUGGCUUGCCACCAAGGAUCGCAUGUCCAAGAUUGCUGAUGAGCUCCGCAACGGUGGUAACAUCAGCAACCUCAUUACUAGCGUCAUGGGCUGGCUGAAGGGUAUUUUCGGCGGCAGAUUCUAA